UUUUUAUUUUAUUUUUUCAAUCUAAAACUGCUUAAUGGUAACAGAAAUUAUAAAUAAUGUUUUAGAAGCACUGUCUUCUUUGUACAGUUCUACAAAUCGACAAACAAACAGAGAAGCUAGUCGUUGGUUAGAAGGAUUUCAAAAAAAGCCUGAAGCUUGGGCGGUCGCUGAUUAUUUAUUAAAAUCAAAAGAUUCGAAUUUCGAAACACGUUUAUUUGCUGCACAAACCUUUAAACAAAAGAUUACAUAUGACUUGCGUGAAUUAGAUGUAGAAGCUCGAUUACAAUUACGUGAUUCACUUAUUGAAAUGGUUUGGCAAUCAUCCACUCGUGAAAAAGCUGUCAUGAUCCAAUUAUGCUUGGCUAUUAGUAUUUUAGCUAUACAGUUAUUACAAUGGAAAACAGUUAUUCCGGACCUUAUUAAUAAGUUCAAUAAAUCAAGUACUCAGGGGUUGAUAUGUUUACUUGAGAUUCUCAAAACAUUACCCGAAGAAAUGAAUGGCAAUACAAGAUUACCUUUAACUGAUGCAGAAUAUAAAUCAAGAGGAGAAGAAUUGAUUGACAACAAUGCUAAAGAAGUACUUAAUUUAUUAACCAUGUACAUGCAAACAAGUGGGAAUAAUACAGAACUUCAAGAACAGAUCUUUAAAUGUUUAACAAGCUGGAUUCGUACAGGUGAAAUAGAUAUGAGACUACUUAGUACAAGUCCCCUACUCGAACUUGCAUUCAAGGCUCUCGAGUCACCUGAAUUAUUUGAUGUUACUGUUGACCUAGUUUCAGAAAUCAUCUAUGAAACACGAGAUGUCAUUGAAUCACGGCCGAUUAUUGAGCAGAUCUAUCCUUAUUUUACCGUCUUGCUGUCAAAGUUAACAGAGGCCAUUGAAGAAGAAAAUGAGGAUGAUGUUCGUGGUUAUUGUCGUAUUUUUGUUGAAGCUGGAGAAGCAUAUAUCAAUUUAAUUGGAGCUCAUCCUGAGUCCUUUAGAACUCUCUUAGAGGGUAUUUUGAAAUGCACAGCUUAUCAUGAAGAUCUUGUAGAUAUCGUACCUAUGACAUUCAAAUUUUGGUAUGAAUUGACAAACUUAUUGGAGACUGAUACAUAUGGACAUCAAAAACCCCAAUUUUUAGCUUAUUAUGAUCAUUUAGUAGACAUCAUGUUAGGACAUUUACAAUAUCCUGAUGAUGAAGGCAAAAUGACAGCUGAAGAACGUGAUGAUUUUCGUGAUUUUAGGCAUAAAAUGGGCGAUACGCUUAAAGACUGUUGCCGUCUUUUAGGUCCACAGCCAUGCCUUUUGAAACCUAUGAAUCGUUUAACAGCACUUUUAAAUGAUAGCAAUGCAACAUGGCAACAAAUUGAAGCACCCAUUUUUUCCUUAAGAGUGAUGGGAUCUGAAAUACCUGCAGAUGAAGAUCAAGUGAUGCCUCAUAUUAUGGAAUUUUUGUCGAAAUUGCCAGCACAUCCAAGGAUCCGCUAUGCAGCUACUUUGGUUAUCUCUCGAUACUCAUUUUGGACACAACUACAUCCCCAAUUUAUUACGUAUCAGUUAAAUUUUAUUUCUAAUGGUUUCCAGAAUGAAGAAGUAGCUGCUGCUAGUGCACUUGCCCUGAAGCAUCUUUGUAAGGAUUGUAGUAAACAUUUGAUCGACUUUGUACCACAACUUCAUGUUUUUUAUUUAAAUGUUAUCAAGACAUUACCGUUUAGAGAUGUUUUGGAGGUGACAGAAGCAGUAUCCUAUGUCAUCACCGAACUUCCUUUUACCAAAACAGAAGAAGCUUUACGUUUAUUUUGUUUGCCUAUUGCUCAAGAGUUGCAUACCCUAGUUUCUAAAGGCAAAGAGCAAGUGACUAAUGAUGAAUGUAUUAAGAUAGGAGAUUUUCUUGAACAAAUUAGUGUAUUUUUCCAAAUAAUUCGACCUGAAAAUAUACCAAGUGGACAAGCACAUCCUUGUGUGACCUUUAUCAGCGAAUUAUGGCCCGUUUUGGAUAUUAUUUUGGCUAACUUUGGAGGAUUAUCAACUAUAUCGGAGCCUCUUUCAAAAUGCUUUAAUAGUUUUAUAAGCUCGUAUGGAAUUGAUUUUGUACCUUUGUUACCAUCUCUUAUGGAACGUAUUGUAAACGCCUUUGAUCGUACUGGACUGAGUGGAUAUCUAUGGGUAGCACUUCGUAUGGUACGUGAGUAUGGUAAACGAGAGGCUGCAGCAAGUCCUUGCUUCGAACUUGUACAGAGAUUAAGUCAAACUAUGUUUACUAAAUUACAAUCGAGUCAAGUUAGUGAUAUUCCUGAUGUAAUUGAAGAUUAUUUCCGUUUAAUUACAGCCUUUUUAGAUAAUACACCUACUAUCAAUGAUGAUUUGCUGAGAUUGCUUUCAACUGUCUUUCAAGCAGGAUUAGUAGGAUUGACAGUGACUGAAAUUCAUGCUCUCUUUGCUGUAUUAGGGUUCUAUCGAAGAAUGUUAUCAUUAGGGGCUACAUAUGAACUGAUCAUUAGUAGACUAUUUAAAGAAUUUGGACAACAACUGGUGAUUAUUAUGUUUGAUGGAUUAAUUGACUUUUAUCAUCAAGAUGUUAUACCUGAUGUAGCAGCCCUAUUUAAGUCAUUAGCUGAGUUAUUACCUAAUGAAUCAACUACAUGGAUAAUGCAGGUUGUAAAUCAAGUUCCUGAUGAUUACAUGACAGUAGAAAUUAAAUCAGAUUUUAUGACAAAUUGGACAGCGGCAAUUCAUGAGCAACAUUGGAUUAAAGUAAGAAGAAUAUUAUCAGAUUUUAUAGCUACUUAUCGUAGAAGAAACGCUAAUAAAGUGAGACGUUGACUUGUUCAAUAAUGUAUUAUCAUCAAAUAUUUGCUGCAUUAAAAUAUUGGGUUUAUUUCCAAAUUAAGAAACUCUGCCAUAUAUAUAAAAAGAGAGAGAGAAAAAAAAACUUUGUGCUACAACACUAUUU